AUGUCCCUCAUCCCAUGGUUCCGGUGGAAUGACGCCCCGCCCCGGCUGUCAGCCCGGAGCCCAGCUGAGAUGGUGCUGGAGACACUUAUGAUGGAGCUGGCUGGGCAGAUGCGCGAGGUGGAAAGGCAGCAGAGGGAGCGUCGCAAUGCAGUCAGGAAGAUCUGCACGGGAGUUGACUACAGCUGGCUGGCCAGCGCGCCCAGGCCCACCUAUGACCUCAGCCCUGCUGAACGGCUGCAGCUGGAGGAUGUAUGUGCCAAGAUCCACCCAUCCUACUGUGGGCCUGCCAUCCUCAGGUUCCGACAGCUGCUGGCCGAGAGGGAGCCCGAGGUGCAGGAGGUGGCGCGGCUCUUCCGCUCCGUGCUGCAGGAGGCCCUGGAGAAGUCGAAGCAGGAGGAGGAAGCCCAUAAACUGACGCGUCAGUGGAGUUUGAGGCCUCGCGGCAGCUUAUCAUCCUCCUUUAAAAGCCGUGCACGCAUCGCCCCCUUCGCCAGUGACAUCAGGACCAUCUCGGAGGACGUGGAGCGCGAUGCGCCACCCCCGCCACGUACCUGGAGCAUGCCGGAGUUCAGGGCGCCCCAGGCCGACUGACCUCCGUGGGCAGGCACCUACUGGAGGGAAUGACAGGCCGGUGACCAGGUUGCCGGUGCUGGAACUUCCCCACCUAUCCCGAAGACCCACCAAGCAGCACUGCUGACCACCGAGCUGCCUACCCCACGGAGCACAACUGCUUGGCUACAGGGAGGAGUCAGGACUUGAGCCCUAUUCCUCCCCAAUAAGGUCUCCAGGUCCCAGGCUGAUGCAGGCAUAAGGCCUUCUCAUCUCCUACCACUGUCUAGAACAGGGGACAAGCGUCUGCCUCCUCCUCAGGGCUUGCAUCCUCAUCCCAAUUCUGGGAUGCCCUAUUCACCCCCAUCCAUUCAGGGCAUGUUUUCUGACGACCAGAUGACACUCACUGCAGGGUAGCCACAGUCUCGUAGUCCAGGACAGCUGGUGGGGACCACAGAGACUGUUCAACUCACUCUUGAGCUAGCGAUAAAAAUGGGGACUCCCAAGGGUCUCACUGCUUAUGCCUUGACCUGGUCCCUCUAGUGUGGAACUGAUCCUGCCUCUGAGGACCAAUGGCUACAUCUCCAGCUGCUGUAUGUAGUCUUACCUAUUCCUUACCACCACACGGGCCAGGUUGGGGUCAAGGCUGCUCUCCAGGAAAAGUAGUUAGGAAUAGUUAGGAUGAUCACGACCCCCACGGUGUCAUCGUGUGGAGUGUGGCCAAUUCAGUUAGGGCUUGGAAGCCUCCAGACCCUGCUGCUAGAGCGGAGGCCUCUGCUCACACCUGCCCUCCAGUUUUCCUAGGAAGUGAGGUCACCUCCAGUGUCUGAGCGACCAGUCCCACGUAGUGUCCCACAGCUUCAUGCUCUAACUGACGGCACACGUGUGGGAGGCCUGUGAAAAAUCUGGAAGGCGAGGUGCCCCCACACACUCUGGGCUAGAAGUGGGGUUCAGGGUAGUGGGUGAGCUAAGUGUCUGUCUCCAAUUCCCAGUGCAUGUCCAGAAAACACAAGUGAACCUUAUAAUAGUGCAAAUAAAAUGCCAGGGGAGGGAAAAAGCACCAGGGAAUGCAUGUAGUCCCAGGCUCAGUGGGAUGUCUCCGUGUGUGUGUGUGUGUGUGUGUGUGCGCGCGCGCGUGUGUGUCUCCCCUUCCUUCUCCUUCUCUCUUCUCCUCUUCCUCCCUUCCUCUCCACUCCUCCCUCCUCUUCCUCUCUUCCUUCAAGACAGGAUCCGACUAUUCUGACUGGCUGGUCAAACGGUUCUUCUGCUUCAGUCUCUUGAGUGUUGAGGCCACAGAAUGGACACUCCUUUUAGGGAUCUGGGUUUAGGUGACUUCCCUGGAAUCGGGAUUGAGAG